UGCUGGCCCCGGCGGCUCCGCUCGGCGCUGUGUGGGCGGGGCGGCAGGGCGGAAGGUUCCAGAGGGGCCGCGGAGCCGCUGCCGCCGGGCGACAUGGCCUCAGCGUGGGAGGAGUUACAGAAAGAUUUGGAGGAGGUUAAAGAAUUGCUUACGAAAGCCACGAGGAAGCGAGUUCGGGAUGUCCUGAUGACAGAGAAACACAAGCUAGAGCUAGAAAUCAAGAAUCAGCCUCCACCGAAGCUGAAAGAUGUGGCAGAGGAAGAAAAGUUGUCCCUGGGAGGGUACACAGUGAAAAUAAACAAUUAUGCUUGGGAUCAGUCAGAUAAGUUUGUUAAGAUUUACAUCUCUUUAAAUGGAGUCCAGAAGCUUCCAUCUGAGAACGUGCAGGUGAAUUUCACAGAGAGGUCGUUCGAUCUGCUAGUGAAGAAUCUGAAUGGGAAGAACUACACCAUGACCUUCAACAACCUCAUGAAACCCAUCUCUGUGGAAGGCAGCUCUAGAAAGAUUAAGACAGACACGGUCCUCGUGAUGUGCAGGAAGAAGCGGGAGGAAAAAUGGGACUGUCUCACUCAAGUGGAAAAAGAAAGCAAAGAGAAAGAGAAGGCUUCCUAUGACACCUCAGAUCCUAGUGAGGGGCUCAUGAACCUUUUAAAGAAGAUGUAUGCAGAAGGGGAUGAUGAAAUAAAGCGCACCAUCAACAAGGCCUGGGUUGAAAGCAGAGAAAAGCAAUCCAAAGGGGACAUACCAAUGGAUAUUUAAAAGUACUCUAAGGGCCGCCUUAAUACUGAUCUUCCAUGUGAGAUAAUGCUCUGCUGCAAAGAUCAUGGUUUACACAACCUUCUUCCAAGCAAAGACAGUCAUUUUCCAUUUCAGGUUGGAGAAAAUCUUUAAAUAAAAUAGCUUAUAAAGCAUUUCCUUCAGUCCAAGUGGUUCACCAUUUCCUGAAGAGUGGAGCACAGGUAUAUCCUUGCUCCUUCCUGACGAAGUAUCUCAGAUGAGUUGAAGCUGAGAACAGAAUGUAAAAGAAAAGGAAGCCUAAACCAGGAGGAGUCAAGUCCUCUGUUUCAAAUGACAGCUGUAUUCAACUGGUUGCUGGGGCUGAUGUCAUGCUCACUAUGUGGGGUGUGGGUUUUGAUGCGACAUGGGAAAGCAGGGUUAAAGCAUGUCACAGAGGGAGAAACACUAAAGAAAGCAGAACUUCUGUCUCAUGCACUUUACACCAUACUGUUUCUAUUCAACUAUUAAUCCUGUGGUUUUAAAAUGUGGUGGUUACUCUCAGAAACUAAUUACUGGAUAUUUAACUUGGUACAAAUUUUGAGAACAGGUCUUUAGUGCCCUUGCUGUGACCUCUUUUGGGGUGUCUUUGAGGUGGCAUGUCACAGGAGAGUCAGUUUACCCUGGCUCUAGCGGUGUAUGAGGAAAAGAGACAAACUCUACUUCUUCCUAUUGAGAGUUUUAAGCUAGGAGUAAGAAGUGUAUUGCAACAGCUUACACUUCAAAAUUUACUCUGCUGGGAGUGGUGGGUUGCUGUUGAUUUGCUGCCUGCGUGGCUUCAUUACUUGUUCUGUUUAUUGCAGGCUUUCAACCCCACUGCUAGGGAGAGGAUGGAGCAACCAUUCCCCAUUUAGUGCCCUGCUUUGAAGAAGAGGGAAAAUGUGAGCUUAGCAGCAAGCCUGUUUACUGUUUCCUUCCUGCUUCCUUCUUGUGUCUCCCAAGGACAGAGUUGUUUGAUGUUACCUUACAAAUUAAGGAAGCCAUCACUCUCAUUAUGGUCUGGGCUAGGACUUAUUACCUUGUUCCUAGAGCACUGCACUAUAGGAGAGAAAUAUUAGCACGCUGUAGUUUCUUGUAGGUCCUCUCUCCACUUUGCUUGUUAAUAUUAAGUCUGUAUAGCAAGUAUCUAAACUUGAGGCCAUGUUUUAUUAUCUCUUCAUGAUCACCCUUGUUCAUGGCAGAAGACCACUUUGCCCUGUUGUACAUUUAUGCUUUUACCCAAAUGACCAUGGUGAACUUACCCUAUGGUGGCAAAAAAACUUCUUAAACAA